AGGUGUGAAUGGAUAAUAUGUCGCAGACGAUCUCAGUGCCAGUGCCCCAGGAUGCAGGAAGCAGCAAGAUGGUGGACCCAGAUGUUGGGGUGGAGACCACUGCUGAUCUUACGUGUCUAGUUGCUGAUCAGUCACGAGUGGAGAACGAGGAGAUAGACUUCGAGGACUACUUAAAAGCGAGUUUCUCUUACGACAAAUCAGGCAGGACUCCCGUCUGUGUGGAACAGAUUAUCGAGAAGAUUCCACAGGACUGUGCUGUAUUGGAUGCGGGCUGUGGAACAGGCAACUACAUGAUCCCCCUGGCUCACUGUGGCAAAGUAAAGUCCUACAUCGGAAUGGAUGUCAACGAGGGCAUGCUGUAUCACGCAAGAAAGAAGGCAAAAGCUGUGAGGAGCAAUGAGAGUGUUACUACUGACGUCACCACUCUAGCUGGGUCCUUGUUGGAGGAUCUGCCUUUUGGGGAUAACGUGUUCGAUGUUGUUCUCAUCAAUCAGGUACUACCCCACAUCGUAGACCUGAGAGUGUUCGACAAGUUGAAGUACGUGACUGAGUUGUUUAAGGAGUUCGGCAGGAUCCUCAAGCCUGGCGGCAUGCUCAGCAUCAACACUUGUACUCACGACCAACUCUCUGCUGUCUGGUACAACAACGCAAUGCCAGAAGCGUGUGAGAUGCUGAAAACAAGGACCCCUGAGAUUGAUGUGCUUAAGGGACUUAUCGAGCAGACCGGGUUCACUGACUUCACCUUCACCAAGGAUAACGAACCUCUGCAGGGAGACAACUACUGGCGUUACGAGCUGUGUUUCACAGAAAACUACCGAGCUGGAGACGCUAUAUGGUCUCUAGUUGGGGACGAAGAAUACGGCAAGGCCAUGAUGAGCAUGAAGUACGGUCUCCGAGAGGAGAGAGACACUUUCGAUAGCAUCGCUCACUCCACUAUCGAGAAGACAGGACACACUACUCAAAUCUUCUGCACAAGGGUUUAAAUUCGAUUUAAAAUAAACAAAUCAUAAAUUUACUCCUUGAACAUUGAACGGUUUAGCGGGCCAUAAUUACCAUAUUUUGUUUAGUUUUUGAAAAGCUUCAGAUCAGAAUCUUCAUAAACAUGCCUCGGGAAAGGCGUUUAUUGAUUGAAUAAAUUUCAAUAGAAAUUAUAUCGAUAUUUCAGCUGAAUUUUUCUAUUGUAACUGUAAGUGUAACGAUUUCUUCUUCCACCU